AUGAAACACCAGUUUGGGUUCCUGGUUCGGCCCCGUAAAUUUGAGAAGAGUACAGAUUCCACUAAUAUUGUCGCGGAUUAUGGCUGGUAUUUUACAUUACUAAAUUCGCAUUCUUCUCUUAAGAAUCGGAUUGUUUGCUGGUUCAGAUUUGGGUGUAUAAUUCUACUUUUUAUUAGGGAAAGCAGCUUCUGCUCCAGGCCUACAAUAAUUAUUCAUGCUACCCGGGAAGAAAAACUUUUCAUGAACCCUUUACAUCUUGAGUCUUCGAGCCUCCUUCUCCUUCUACACGUGGAUCAUAUGUAUAUGUGUCAACAGGUUUUUAAAAGGCCGUUUAGAGUCAUCUCUGCCUUACUUACUUCGCUCUGCCACUAA